CGAAUUAUCCACAGUCGUGCGCCGGCAGCCGACAUAGGCGGAUGUUUUGUAUGAGCGUGCGUACGUGCGUGCGUGCAUGCGUACGUGCGUGCGUUAAAUCGCGUCUAAUCUUUUUCUUUCACGUUUUUUUUCUUCUCUUUUCUUUAUCACCCUCCGACGUUUCGUGUAUCCUUCGUAAAGAGUGUCUCUUACGUGUGUUUUGUUUGUUCUUUUUUUUGUUUUUUUCUCUCUUGCGUCUACUAUAUCGAAAGAACACCGACGUUAUUUGUCGACGUUUAUCGUCGUCGAUAUCAUCCUCUCGUCGUUUCUACCACAACUUUGAUGUUUUUUUUUUUCUACCGAGCAGAAAGAAGAUUAGAUGAAAAUCGAUCAUGUACAAUCUAAACGUGAAUGUGAAUCCUAGUCCAACGGCUGCAGCGAGUCUUCUUGGUGUCGCGGCGGCCGAGGUCACUCCGAGGACACCGGAAAUCGUAAACUCCUUGAUCUCCAUGAUCAAUCCGUUCGAGAACUAUGGCAACGAGAAAAGCAGAGAUCGUACCGACUCGACUAGCAGUGGUGAACCCAGUCCACCAAGUGUUCAACAUACUUGUAGUCAGCUUAUCAAGGAAGGCCUAAAGUUGACGUUACAAACUAAGAGACGAGCAAACGGAAGUGGUGACGAGGGGAAGAAGAGGACUAAAAGAGAGGAUGGUAGUGCAGACGACGAGGAGGAGGACGACGGGAGCAACAACAACAACAACAACAACAACAACAACCGGGGUGGAUUGACACCAGAGGACGAGGAGAGACGACGGAGGAGACGAGAGAGGAACAAAAUAGCAGCUACCAAAUGUCGGCUGAAGAAACGUGAGAAGACGGUGAUUCUGGUGCAAGAAUCUGAGACCUUAGAAACACAAAAUCACGACCUCAAAUCACAAAUCCAGGAGCUGGAGAUGCAAAGGCGUAGAUUGGUCGAUAUGCUCAGUUUACAUGGACCAACUUGUUUGAAACAAGGUGGUGCUACGGAUACCUCUUAUCAGCAAUAUGCCGAACCAUUACAUCUACCAAGUUACCAGGAUAACUUCGUUCAGCCACCACCAGCCUUGAAUCAACCUCAAAACUGUGUCACGGAUUAUCCUGUCAAAAUCGAGGAAUACGAAGGUGAUUUCUAUCGACAGGAAAGUCCUUAUGUACCAACCACCGAUUCUGGUUGCACCGUUUAGCUUUAACUUUCUCUUUACGGUUUUUCUGAGAGAAGAAUAUCAAUGAAUCGGCUUGAUCUUGAUCAAUAGUGGAAAGACUACAUAUGCAUUCCACAUACAAAGAUGAUAAAGAACAAUGAUUAGAUUAGUUUUGGAAUUUUUCUUAAAGAAUUUCUGUUGAUCAUGUCUUUUUAACCCUUUAAUGCAUUUAUUUUGUUGGAUUAUUUUCAAACAAAAGAUAUAUUGCCUAUUUGAAAUUAUGAAAAAAUUAUAUACAAGAUUAACGUCUUAUUAUUUGUGCAUUUAAGGGUUAAUCGAGCAGAUUUUAAUUAAUCUUCUCUCAUUUCCGUAACAAGUCCUUAUCUUAUAAGUUAAUAUUUUAUUAUUUGUGUAAAAUGUGAAAAAUUUUUUGUUUUCCUUUCUUCUUUUUCUAGCUUUAUAUUUUCCAUUUUUCUUAUACACCUGUCUUUUCUUAUUUACAUUUUCUCUCUUUCUUUCUUUUUUGUUUCUUUUUAACAUGCUCGUAAUGUUCUAUAGAGAACGCUCGAAGACAUUCCUUCGUAAUAACCGUACUGUGACAUUCUUGUUUAUUGUAAUUCGUACAAUAAACAGAUUCGAUCUUAAACGCUAUUUAAUUAUGCAGAAUGAUUCGCUUAUUGCACAUAGUGCUGCAUGCGAUUUUCAAACAAUCAAAAGAUAUUUUUCGUUUAUUUGCUGACAAAAUAGAAUGCUUACCCGAUAUAUACGUUAAGUGUUUUUGUUGAUAUUGGCCCUUGCAGGAUACUUAUAAUUACUAUGAAUAUAUAAUUAAUGACAUUUAAUAUAAAUAUAUAUUAUACCUACAGGCAUACAUGCACAAUUAAUUAUUGAUGUACAUUUUAUUAUAUGACAGAUAGUUAGAUUUGUUAACAAAAUCAAAAAUAAGUGCCUAACGAUAUACCUCAGUUGUGGGUAGUUACCCUCCCUUGGUACGUUAAAAAUUGAUCUUUUGACUAUUCACACACACACGUACACACGCGUUCGCAUACGCAUGCAUGCGUAAACACUCUUCUUAUAUACAUUCUAUGUGUAUAUUUUUGCAAAUACUUUGUGAUUCUUUAUAACGAAACGUACCUUGGGUAUAUUAAAGAGUUCUUGCAAUUAA